UUAUUAUUUUUGUUGAUUUUCGACAAAUUUUUUCAAGUUUCUUUAUUUUUUUGUAACAUCAAUAAAUGAACAAAUAAAUUUUCACAAAUGUUUUUGCAAAUGAUGUCGUUAAAACGGAUAGAUAUUUUGCCAAUUAUUUGUUUAAUAAUCGGAUUAUAUUUAAUAUUCAUUGUUGUAGAAGCUGGUGAUGAAUGUUGUAAAACGGGACAAAUAUUCAGUGGCCGUAAUGAAUGUCAUAUGAUACCGAAUAUUAAUAAUGUUGGUGUGGAUCGAAUACAUUGUCUACUUCAAACAACAUAUUGUUGUUUAGAAUCAACAGAACAAAAUUUUUGUCAUCAAAUUGGUUUAAAUUUUAUAAAAAAUCGUUUUAUACAGGAUUAUCUGAAAGGCAUCGUCCAUCAACAAAAUGAUGGUCAAACAAUAAAGAUUUAUACCGAUGAAUUUUGGUCAUUAUUACAAUCACUUUAUCAAUGUCAUAUGAUUGAUAAAAAUCAUUCAGAUGAAGCAUUCUGUUGUGUUGGUUGUGUGCUUGGUUUUGCUUCAGCUAUACAACGUAUUUCCGAAUGGAAUCCCACACAAGUUGUACAUAAAAUGAUUCAUAUAAAUAUUGAAGAAUGGUGUUCAAACAUGAAUGAUAAUAAUGUUGAUAUGAAUAAUAUUGGCAAUCUAACCAGAAAUUUUUCCAAUCAAACAUCUAAACAAAAAACCUAUAAUAAUGCAGCAUCAGAAACCUGUUGUCAAGAAACGGUAAAAGCAAUUAAUUCCAGUAUACGUUGGUGUCAUCUUCGUCCAGCACCAUGUGCUCAUCGCUGUCAUGAAUCAAAUGAUGGUAGUAAUAAUCAUAUAAAAUGUUCAUGUUGGGAAGGAUAUCAUCUGGAUGAUGAUCAAAAAAGUUGUAUUGAUAAUGAUGAAUGUCAAGAAUCAACACAUGGCUGUAAUAUUGCAUAUGAAAUGUGUUCAAAUACUGAAGGUGGUUAUCAAUGUUUACCAAAAAUGACUGAUGGUCUUGUACAGCCCGAUAUAAUUGGUAAUCAUGAUGAAUGUUCAUAUGGUUUCUAUUUCAACUAUAGUUAUAAUCAAUGUAAAGAUAUUGAUGAAUGUGCACAAGGAACACAUGAUUGUAAUCAUCGUUAUCAGGUUUGUAUGAACAUACCUGGAUCAUGGAAAUGUAUCCAAGUAGGACUUGAAUGUCCAAAAGGAUUUCGACGUUUAGGUGCAAGUACUGAUUUUGAUACUGGCUGUCGUGAUAUUGAUGAAUGUCGUGAAGGAAUAAAUAAUUGUGAUUAUCUAAAUGAAAAUUGUGAAAAUAAUAUUGGUUCAUUUAGUUGUGAAGAAAAACCAAAUAUAACUUUACGUAUGAUUUCGACACAUAAUACAUCAUCAGUAUUUUUGGCGCCCAUUUCAGAAUUAUUAAUAAAAAAUAAAACUGAAGAAUAUUCACCAGCGUCACUAUGUCCUAAAGGUUAUCAUUACAUACGAUUCAGUGCUUCUUGCGAAGAUAUUGAUGAAUGUCGUAUUGGACAACAUAAUUGUGAUCUUUCUUGGAAUAUCUGUGUGAAUCUUCCCGGAUCAUAUAAAUGUAGGCCUAAUAUUGUUAAACAAACAUCAAAUAUUAUUGCAGAUUUUGAUGACAAUGAUAAUGGAACUGAUUCUAAUGUUAAUUAUUAUGAAUUUAACAAUGAUACAAAUUAUUUGAAUCAAAAUGAACGAAAAAAAAUCAAUAAUUAUUCAUUAGCAAAUAUGCCUGUUGUUUGUAUGGAAGGAUAUUCACGAAAUCCAAUAUUGAAUAUUUGCGAUGAUAUUGAUGAAUGUCGACGAACACUUGGUCCAUGUCCAAGUAAUGCAUUCUGUCAUAAUACACUCGGAAGUUAUGAUUGCCAUUGCAAGGCUGGAUUCAUUAAGAAUCAACAAACAAAUAAAUGUGAUGAUAUUGAUGAAUGUGAACAAAAAUUAAGUCAUUGUCCAUCGACAAUGCGCUGUGUCAAUACGAUUGGCUCAUUCGAAUGUAUUCAUCAACAACAAACAUCAACAAGGAGAAACAAUUUCCGUAAACAUCAACAAUGUCUUGAUAGACAAAUAUUCGAUCCGAAUCAAAAUAAAUGUGUAAUGAAUGAAAAAGAAAAGGAAACAUCUGAUUCUACUAGUGAAAAUUUGCGAUCAAUCUCUAGAUUUACAAAACCAAAAAUUCCUGAUCAAAUGGCCAACAACGUUGAAGUCGAUCUGAAUAAACUUUUUAGUAGUGACAAGAAAAUUCAAAAUUCAAAUGUUGAUCAACACGUUACAAAGCCAAACAUACAACAGCUAGAUAGAUGCAAAUUCGGUGAACGUAUGAUUAAAGGUGAAUGUAAAGCUGUGGUUUGUGGACAAGGUUUUUUCUACAAUGAAACCGAAAAACGUUGCCAAGACAUGAAUGAAUGUCUUGAAUAUUCCCCUUGUAAAAUAGAUGAAAAAUGUACCAAUACUAUAGGUAGUUAUCGUUGUAGCCGUAAAUGUAAUUCAGGUUAUCGUAUGAGUUUAAAUGGUCAUUCCUGUGAAGAUAUUGAUGAAUGUGCCGAACGAUCAUAUUCAUGUCCAUCAAAUAGAAUUUGUAAAAAUCGUCUUGGUAGUUAUUCUUGUGAAUGUCAGAAUGGCUUUGUUUCAACACGUGAUGGUACAUGUCAAGACAUUGAUGAAUGUGAACAAGGUGAUGAACUAUUAUGUGAAUAUCCUGAAACACAACGUUGUAUAAAUACAAUUGGAUCGUAUCACUGUGAAUGUCGUGAAGGUUAUCGUCAAGUUUCAGAUGAUAAAUCAAUUAUAUCACCAUCAUCAUUGAUAAUAACUAACAUGGAUGAUGAACAUAAUAAUAUGAAUUAUAAUAAUAUCAAAUGUAUCGAUGUUGAUGAAUGUCAAAAUCGAACAUUGAAUAAAUGUCAUCAUCUUUGCCAAAAUUAUAUUGGAUCAUAUAAAUGUUCAUGUAUUUCGGGAUAUAAACUUGAUAAUGAUGGCUUUAGUUGUAUUGAUGAAGAUGAAUGCAAAAUGUUUAAAACAUCAUUAAAUCAUGUUGAUGAAUAUGAUGAUCAUAUGAAUGAUAAUGAUGAUUUUAAUGAUAUUAUAGACAUAGAGGAACAAUCAUCAUUAUGUUAUUAUAAAUGUGUUAAUGUGCCCGGUUCAUUUCGUUGUAUUUGUCCACCCGGUUAUGAAUCAUUGAGAGAAGGUAGUAUUUGUCGUGAUAUUGAUGAAUGUGAACAACAAGAUGAAGUUUGUAAUGAUAAUGAAUUUUGUUUGAAUAUUCGUGGCAGUUAUCGUUGCAUAACAAUUACCUGUCCUGAUGGAUAUUUUUUUGAAAUGAAAAAUAAAAAAUGUUUACGUCAUCAAGAUGGUGUUAUGGGAUUUCGUGAUCUAUCGAAACCUAUUUCCUAUUCAUUCAAUUAUCUAUCGAUAAUAUCGAAUAUACGAAUACCUAAAUCAUUGGAAUAUUUUGAUCUGGUUUCAUUGGGCGGUAAAGUGUUUGCCAUACCGGGUGUUAAAUAUAGUUUAACUCUAAAUUCGGCACGACCAUCUCGUAAUGGUGUACGACCAGCUAGACGUGAAGAUUUUAUUUUACGAAGGCCACGUUCUGAUCAAAUUAUUGUUGCAUUGAUUGAACCAUUACAAGGACCACAAGAUGUUGAUUUGGAAUUAACAAUAAGUCUUUAUCCUGAUGAUAAAUUUAGUGGUAUGAGUAAAGCUCUGAUUUAUAUUAUUGUAUCGGAAUAUUCAUUUUAAUUCAUGAUGAAUAUCAUCUUUUUUUCAAUAUUUUUAAAUUUGUUCAUCUUUUA